AACAAAGAGAGAAAGAAAGUGUGAAAUGAUAGAACGCUCAGACACUAAUGAAUGACUCCGUGAGCUGAAAAACCAAAGAGGACACCAAGCUGGAGAAAGAAAAGGACACUCAGGCCAUGGAGGCCGAGGUGGAUGAGGAUGAUGGGACGUUCACUAACAUCUCUCUGGCAGACGACACAGUAGACAGCGGAUCUGCAGCCCUGUAUUCGAAACAGGAGGACGAGCUUUUCAUCAUGAACUGCGACAUAGACGGCGACAUGGAGAACCAGGUGGAGAUGGAGGAGAAGACGAGGUUAAUAAAUCAGGUUUUGGAACUCCAGCACACACUGGAAGACCUGUCAGCGCGGGUCGACGCAGUCAAGGAGGAGAACCUGAAGUUAAAGUCUGAGAACCAGGUCCUGGGUCAGUACAUCGAGAACCUCAUGUCAGCCUCCAGCGUCUUCCAGACCACCGACACCAAGAGCAAACGGAAGUGAGUUAUCCUCCAGAGGGCGAGAUGGCUGAAGUCCCAGGCCAGCAGCUCGGGGGAGGAAACCCGUCGUGGAGACAUGGAGAGGGUUUUGUUUUCUCAGCAGACCUGGGUGUUUUUCUGUAACCGUUAGCGCUCAGUUACCUGAGUCCAAACUAACAUUUUAAUAAUGAAAAAAAACAAAACAUAAACCGAUCCCCCUCGUCCCUGCAGGCAGCUGUUUAAGCUAGUCUGGCCCAGGUCUGUUUUCCAGCAGCUUCCUCUCACACUACAGACGAGGUACACAUCACCCUUUGAUCACCAGAACCUGUCAGUGGUUAAGGGUCAUUUGUACCUUGAAUUUCGUCUCAAUAUGCUCUGUCAAAGAAGUAUCUGUAAAAUAAUUCUUAGCUGUUUUACCCGCUUGGUUUUCUGUUUGAGGGCAAAUCUAAUUUCCUGUGUUCCCCCAAACUCCUGACAGUGUUUACCGUCUCAAACUGACCUGUGAGUGGGCGAAAACAGCCCAUAAAUAUCCCAGAUACUGAUUGACCAUGAACCUCAUUUUCAUCCCUGGUUUAUUUUGUUAUUUAUUUUUGUAAAGUAUUUUCUACGUCAGCUGGAUCUGAGUUUUUUCGGCAGGUCUUGGGUGUCAUCAUGUUGUAUGUAAAGCACGACUGUAUUCCUCAUGUUAAAAGACGGCAAACUGAACAGUAUUACAGGGAAUGAAACAAACAUUUAGAUCGCAUGCGGGAGUGUUGCACCUCUUGAUCGGGUUUCUUUUUGCUUGACAGUUUAGUUUGUCGACUGAAACGUCAUUAAAUCAAUAAUCACUGAUUCGCAGGCUGUAUAGAGUAACUUUCUAACAAUAAGAGAUGGAUACGAAAUGCAUUGGGAGCUCGGCAGCGUCCAAGUAAAAGCACAGAGAAACUAAAAGUUGUGUAAUCUAACACGCCAUACAAGUGUAGGGUCUAACUAACAUCAGUGAUGUUUUUAUUGCAAGUUAAUGGCUGGUGGUUAAUUUUUUUUUUUUUUAAAU